AUGGCAAAUAUCACCGAUGGAAUAUGUAAAGAUGAUAAUUUUAUAUUUGAGGACGUGGAAAUAGAUGUGAAUGAGCUUGAGUUAUCUCAACAUCAUGAAGAAGGUGGUGGUGUGAUACAAGAGAUUAAUAAUCAGCAGCUUGUAGAUGGACAUGAAUUGGUAACACAAGAUGGACAAGAAUUGGCAAAGAGUCCACAAUAUGAAGAUAAACAAAAAUUGGCAAGAAUCCCAUUUGUUGGUAUGGAGUUCCAUGAUGAAGGCGAAGCCUUUCAAUUUUACUUAGAUUAUGCAAAAUCCAAUGGUUUUGGGGUAAGAAAAGGUCACGUGAAUCGUUCUUCUAAGUCUCAAUUAAUUACAUGUCGACACUUUGUUUGUGAUAAGGAAGGAGCCAAGUACAUGAAGGACAAAAGGCAACUAGACAAAACUGUUCACAGACGCAGAGAUACAAGGACAAAUUGUCAAGCUCGGAUGGUAGUGUCAAAAAUGAAAAGUGAACUAUGGACUAUAAAAACCUUUGAUGAUGCACAUAACCAUGAUUUACUAACUAGUCCCUCUAAGGUGAUGAAGAUGCGGUCUCAUCACCGCAUUAGUGAGACAUGUAGAAGUUUGAUGGAGGCAUUGCAUAAGAGUAGAGUGGGAACGAGCCAAAUAUCUCGAAUAUUGAAUGAAACAAUCUCAAGAAAACAUCCAAAAACUAUUAUUACAGAUCAAGACUUGGCCAUGGGGAAAGCUAUUGCAAAAGUGUUUCCAAAUUAUGGUCAUCGACUUUGCUCUUUGCACAUUGGAAGAAAUUCAAUGAAGUAUUUAGUUGAUUUGAAGAGCAAGGAGGGCUUCAUGGGGGACUACAACAACUGGUUGCACAAUAGUGUAUCGAUUGAAGCAUUUGAGAAUAGAUGGGGUGAACUUAAAGUAGCAUACAACAUUGAUGACAAACAUUGGUUGAGUAAAAUGUAUAAAAUUCGACACAAAUGGGUUUCUCUAUAUUGGCAAGAUAUAUUCACAGCCGGAAUGACCUCUACACAACGCAGUGAAAGUAUCAACUCAUUUUUUGAUGGCUUUGUUAAUUCACAAACUCCAUUGGAUGAGUUUGUUAUGCAGUAUGAUAAGGCAUUGUGUGAUCGACGAAAUGAUGAAGAAAAUGAAGAUUUCAAGACUUUAAACUCUAUGCCUAAUUUUCUUUCAGGUCAUCCAAUUGAAAGAUGUGCAGGAGAAGUGUAUACAAGAGCUGAGUUUAAUAUCUUCCAAGCAGAAUUGUGUGAAAGUGACAGUAUGCUUGCAGAACGCAUACGUGAUGGGUAUGAUCAUGCCAAAUAUAAAGUUUGCAAUCAUGUUGUUGUAUUUAGGAGGAAUGGUAUUGAAGAUGGGGAGCCUACCGCUACAUGUUCUUGUAAGAAAUGA